GGCGGCACCUAUGGAAGGCCGCUAAUCUGCCAGCAACCUAUGACAAAAUGGAAAACCCCCGCAGGAGUGUAAGGAGACCUCAAAGUGGCACAUGGCAGAGUGGAAGCAAUUGGGAGGCCGUACAGGACCCAGGUCACACUGUGGGACCAGCAGGCAAGCGUGACAGGAGGUACGGGGGCCCAUGGCCGAUAUGGGGCCUGGCUGGCACCAAUGGAAGGCCUGUAAUCUGCCAGCAACCUAUGACAAAAUGGAACAAACCGCAAGGAGUGUGAGGAGAUUUCAAAGUGGCACAUGGCAGAGUGGAAGCAAUGGAGAGGCCGUACAGGGGUACUCCAAGUCACACUGUGGGACCAGC